AUGGUACUAAUUGUUGCUAUUUUGCUUCUUGGAUUACUACUUGUUGCCACCAGCAUUGACACAACAGGGGCUGAAUCAGUAGGUGUUUGCUAUGGAAUGCUAGGCAACAAUUUGCCUUCACAUAACGACGUUAUACAGCCCUACAAGUCAAGAAACAUAAAAAGAUUGAGGCUUUAUGAACCAAAUCAUGAAGUUUUACAAGCCUUAAGAGGAUCCAACAUUGAAGUUAUGCUAGGAAUUCCCAAUUCAGAUGUCAAGCAUAUUGCUUCCAGUGGGGAACAUGCAAGAUGGUGGGUAGAGAAAAACGUUCGAGCUUUUUAUCCAGAUGUUGUUGGAAAUGGAAUAAGCCCUUUCACAGACACAUCUCAUCUUACCUCACAUCUUGAAACUGCCAUGAGUAGAAUUUAUAAUUCAGUUUAUUUCACUGGUUUGGGAUACAACGUCAAUGUCACAACGUCUAUAGACAUGACAUUGAUGGGCAAAUCUUAUCCACCAUCUCAGGGUUCGUUUAGGGACGAUGCUAGGAAGUUUGUUGAUCCCGUUGUUGAGUUUUUAAGAAAUACAAAUGCACCUUUGCUUCUUAAUGUCUAUCCUUAUUUUAGCUACUCGAGUAAUCCAGGGCAUUCUCUCCCCUAUGCUAUGUUUACUGCACCUAAUGUGGUGGUACAAGACGGUUCGUAUCAAUAUAGGAACUUAUUUGAUGCAAUGGUGGAUUCUGUUUAUGCUGCCCUCGAUCAAAUACCAGGACGGCCAGAUCAGAGCUCUAUAAGGAUUGUUGUGUCUGAGACCGGUUGGCCAUCUGCUGGUGGAUUUGGAGCCACAACAGAUAAUGCAGCAACAUACUUGAGGAACUUAAUUCAACAUGCUAAAACGGGUACUCCAAGAAAGCCUGUGCCUAUUGAGACAUAUUUAUUCGCAAUGUUUGAUGAGAAUAACAAAACUCCAGAGCUUGAGAAACAUUUUGGAUUGUUUUCCCCCAACAAGCAGCCCAAAUAUCAACUAAACUUUGGAACUUCUGACAUUUCUGCUGAAACUAAUGUCACUGCUUCUUCCCUCAUAAGUGAGAUGUAAGAAGAGACAUUUGAAAUCUCUUUACGUAAGUAUUGCUUGGAUGGAAAACUUAGAAAAAAGAGUUAGGCUUCAAC